GCUCUACCUUACCUUAGGUGCAAAUGUGAACAAUGCAAUGUGAACGAACUGGAGUGCAUGUGAACAAUGCAGUGACGAAAUGCAGUGACGAUUAGAAUACCUUAGAUUAGUCUAUUGUCCUUUGAAAUAUUAAUCUUUGUCUCUGACCAUAAGCCAUUUAAGCCUCUGGCUUUGGCCAAUCUUAAGAAUUCACUUGUAUGACACAAACCUUGGCAGACGCACUAGAAUUCCGUUGUUACCGCGAGGUGACAAAUGCCAGAAGACAGUUAGUUUUCGAUGGUUCCAUCGAAAUCAUAAGCUGCAUCGCGCAACACAAAGAUUACAGUGCUCUGACAAACAGGACCGUGCUGUUACAAGUUGCAACUUUACUUCGCGAUCAGAAUGGGAGGGCAUACAGGCGACGAACUGGAGUGCAUGAAAAUGACUCAGUAACAUUUGUGAGAGCUGUUAUAUACCGAUGGGCUGUAAGAUGGUUGUGCGGUUACAUGGGUUGGGAAAACAGAAGACCGCAUCCAGCUUGUGUAUAUCAUAAUAUAAGGUGCAAGUUCCAAACCAACAACACAAGAGGGUAUGCCGCUGCACAAGCAAGAGAUUACCAGUGUUGCACCCAAGUACUUUAAGGUCUGAGUCAAAGACUUUUACUGGUAAAAAUAAUUUACUAAUGAUAUUUCUGAAGAUAAAAGUGACAAUGGAACCAAACUUAGCACACAGUGAAGUUUAAAACAGGCCACGUGGUGUUUAGCGAAAAAUAGGCAUUGUUCUUUUCAUUCUUGAUGCAGGCCUUAAACUGCUUGGGCACUCCAGUGAUUUUUUCAAAAUGUAAAUCAUUACUGUAUAAGCCUUGUUUUAUAACAGUCAUUCCUUGUUCACUCGAGAGCCUUGAACAGCAAAGUGCAUUAAUUUUGUUUCUGCCCGAUAUUUGGAUAUUCACCUGAUUCAGUUGUACCUGGUCAUCUUUUGUUUGUGUUCAAUGACAUUACAUUGAAGGAGGUCAUGGGGUUUGUCUAAAAGCUCAGAGGAGUCAAAUGGGGCCGAGUCAUGCUUUCUUUGAAGAAAAGAUAUACAAGAACUUAUUUAUGUGGCUUA